AAUUCUCUGCAAUCUUAUCUUCAAUUGCAGGGCAAUCAGAAACCCUAUACGCUCCUAUCACGUAGUACAUUAUUAUAAAUACAGUAGUUAGGGUUCGCUACAAAUAUUUAAUUCUACUGCUUUGGUGCUUUUCGAUUUGAGUUACUGCCUUGUUCUGCCCUCCGCAAUGGUGGUAGACGCAACGUUGUCGGUUUGCGAUUUGGGGGUUUUGGACUCUCUUAACGGCGAUGCCGUCCAAGAAAUAGUGGAGAGCUGGAACGGCUAUUGCUUAGCAACGGAAGCUCUGCUAAAUGGCAACGGUGAUCUCUCAUUUGGGUCAAAGCUCGUUUCACAAGCUCGCGCUCUCUGCAACUACGGCCUCGAGUCACUAGUCGAAGAACAUUUCGCUGGCUUCCUAGAGGAAACUUUCGAGAAGAAUGGAGCAUCAAAGUUUUGGGAGCAUUUUGAUGCGUACAACAACGUGGCCGGUCGAGAGAUGAGUGUGGACCCUGUAUGUACAAUUGACAAUUUCACUAUGAUUCAGAAGGAUAGCAUUCAGCAAGUGUUGCGUAAAGCGUUGGAAGAAAUAUCAAUGGAGAAACAGCAUCAAGAAAAAUGUCUAUUACUGCUAAUUGAUGUUGUACAGUCACACAAAGAUAGUAUGCCUGAGAAAAACUUGGGAGGCACUGAAAGACUCCACCUGUUAUCUAAAUAUCAGUCAAUGGUGUCUUCGGUUCUCAUGGCUACUCUUCUUCCUCAUUUUCCUGAGAUACUCCACUGGUACUUCAAGGGAAUGCUGGAGGAGUUAAGUACGAUUAUGGCUGAUGAUUGCGAAGAUGAUAAUGAAUCACAUGAUAAAGAUGAUAUGGAUCUAGAUGAGAAAAGUAAACUACCUUACAGAACUGGUGACGUGGAUGUUGAUGAAUGCUAUCACCAAAAUAGGCUUUUGCAGAACAGCAAAGUAGUGAAAAACAUUGGGAUCGUUGUCCGUGAUCUCAGAAAUCUUGGAUUUACAUCUAUGGCUGAAGAUGCUUAUGCUUCUGCUAUAUUUUUACUUUUGAAGGCUACAGUUCACAAUCUGGCAGGUGAUGACUAUCGAAGCUCUGCUUUGGAGUCCAUUAAAGGGUGGAUACAGGCUGUGCCUCUGCAGUUCUUGCACGCACUUCUUGCUUACCUCGGUGACUCCGUCAGUUAUGAUGAUACCCUUUCUUCGGGGCUGAAAUCACCUUUAGCAUCACGCCCAUCUUCAUGCUAUGCUGGAAUAGACAAUCCCUCAGAAGGACUCGUUAGAUGGCAGUUGCGGCUGGAGUAUUUUGCAUAUGAAACAUUGCAAGACUUAAGAAUUGCCAAACUUUUCGAGAUUAUUGUAGACUACCCUGACAGUUCUCCGGCUAUUGAAGACUUGAAACAAUGCCUUGAAUAUACUGGACAACACUCAAAGCUCGUUGAUUCAUUUAUAUCUGCGUUAAGAUAUCGUUUGCUUACAGCUGGUGCUUCAACCAAUGAUAUAUUGCACCAGUAUGUUUCAACUAUUAAAGCACUAAGGACUAUAGACCCUGCUGGCGUUUUUCUAGAAGCUGUUGGCGAACCAAUAAGGGAAUAUCUGAAGGGGAGGAAAGACACAAUUAAAUGCAUUGUGACCAUGCUCACUGAUGGGACAGGUGGGAAUUCAAGUGGCCCAGGAAAUACAGGGGAUAGCCUUCUUGAAGAAUUAAAUAGAGAUGAAGAAAGUCAAGAAAACACUGGUGCAGACGACGAUUUCAACGCUGAUGACAAACAGGCAUGGAUCAAUGCCCAACGCUGGGAGCCUGACCCUGUAGAGGCUGAUCCCUUGAAAGGUAGUAGGAAUCAAAGGAAGGUUGACAUACUCGGCAUGAUUGUUAGCAUUAUUGGUUCAAAGGAUCAGCUAGUUAAUGAAUAUCGUGUUAUGCUAGCUGAAAAGCUUCUAAACAAAUCAGACUAUGACAUAGAUGCAGAAAUACGUACUUUGGAACUCCUUAAGAUACAUUUUGGAGAGAGCAGCAUGCAAAGGUGUGAAAUAAUGCUUAAUGAUCUGAUUGAUUCGAAAAGGACAAAUGCGAAUAUAAAAGCAACCAUUAUGCAGCCAUCUCAAGCAGGAGCUGAGGCAUUGGGGGAAGAUGCGAUUUCUCAAGAUUUAUUGAAUGCUACUAUUAUAUCUUCGAAUUUCUGGCCACCUAUCCAGGAUGAAGCAUUUAACAUACCUGAGCCCGUGGACCAACUGCUUAGCGACUAUGCUAAAAGGUUCAAUGAGAUCAAGACCCCUCGUAAGCUACUAUGGAAGAAAAAUCUCGGUACAGUGAAGUUGGAGUUGCAAUUUGAAGAUAGAUCCCUACAGUUCACAGUCACUCCUUUGCAUGCCUCGAUAAUUACUCAAUUUCAAGACCAAACAAGCUGGACAUCUAAGAAUCUUUCAGCUGCUAUUGGGGUUCCUAUUGAUGUACUUAAUCGUAGAAUAAAUUUCUGGAUAAGCAAGGGCAUUCUUUCAGAAUCAUUGGGAGCAGACUCUAAUGACCACAUAUUUACCCUGGUUGAUGGCACUGCCGACACUAGCAAGAUGGGUGCUAAUACUGGAGGCUGUGAGGAGCUUUUAGUGGGUGAUGAUGAUGGAGACAGAUCAGUGGCCUCUGUCGAGGAUCAACUACACAAAGAAAUGACAGUUUACGAGAAAUUUAUCACAGGGAUGCUAACAAAUUUUGGCAGCAUGGCAUUGGAUCGAAUUCACAACACUCUCAAGAUGUUUUGUGUAGCUGAUCCUCGUUAUGACAAGUCACUCCAGCAGCUACAAAGCUUCUUAUCUGGUCUAGUUGCAGAAGAUAAAUUAGAGCUAAGAGAUGGCAUGUAUUUUCUGAAGAAGUGAUGAACUGAUGCGAUAUGCAGUAUCUUUCAUCUUAUCAAAAUCUCGACAAAGAAAUCAAGGUUUUUUGUUACCUCAGCCCUAAAUAUAGCCGGAGUGCAGGUUUUUGUUUCACUUAUUUUGCCAGAUUUUCGAUGCAUCACCACAAGUGAAUUAGAAAUUAGUUUUGAUACUUCGCAACUUAUCUUACUGAUCCCUAUGGCAUACAAUAUAUGGACAUAAACCAUUUUUUUUUUUUAAUGGGUGUUGUAGCUCGAUUUGGUAACCAAAUCUUAACGCCAUUGUCGGCAUCAAAAGGAUGAUCGUUUAUGUUAUCCAAAUUGGUUCUUAUUUUAA